GGGGGGGCUGCUCUGAGUAGAGUGAUCGCAGGAAACUCCCUCGAGCCUUCAGCUCCUUCACUCCCCGUCCUGCCUGCGAGUCGCACGGGACUCGCGGAUCUCCCUUUUACGCACACCGAGAUGGAGAAAGCCCACGGCGGGAUGCUCGAAUCCGUGGGUGACAUCAUCGACUUCAACGACAUGAAGCUCCCCGGCGGCGACGGUUACGCGGCCGCCGGCGUGCCGGCGAGCCAGGGCGACGGCUCGGUGUUCAGAGACUGCGCCAACCUGUUGGACGCCCCGCAAGAGGAGCACCGUCAGCGGGAGGAGGAAGGGGAGACGACCCCGUACGAGCGCGGAAGUGACUUUUUAAAAUGGGAGCAUUUCGUCAAGAACAACGUGGCGCAGGUCGGCUCGAGUAUGUCGUCGAAGUUCAUCAAGGACGAGCAAGAAGCGUCCGUCAUCAUGGAGGCGCCGUGCCCGGCCUUCGAGGAGCUCGACGGCUGCUCCCAAGGCGGCCGCAAGCAGCCCCACUUCGGCUUCGGAGAGCCCGAGUGCGCGCGCUUCGCGCCGGUGGGUCCCCGGCCGGCGCAGGAGGCUUCGCCCAACUUCCUGGUGCACGCCAACCCCGCCGAGCAGAUGGCCCAGCGGGGCCAGGCGAGGGCCGACUCCCGCGGAGGCUUCGCCGGCAAGGGCGCCGCGCUCCACUUGGACGCCAGCGCGCCCUCGCCGGCUCACCUGAACGUGUUCAAGAGCGAGGUGGCCCGCUGGCAGGUGCCCGCCGUCGGCCCGGGGGAGGCGCAAUUAUGGUGCCAACCGGCCGGGGUGACGGAGGACCCGUUCGGUUACAAUGGGAUGCACAGCCAGGCCGUGGCCCAGCGGAACCAGACGCCUUUCAACGCCUUUGCCGGUAUGCCUCCUCAGAGGUCCUGUGUGAUCUGUGGCGACGAGGCUUCCGGGUGCCACUACGGAGUUCUAACCUGCGGCAGCUGCAAGGUGUUUUUUAAAAGAGCAGUGGAAGGUCAUCACAGCUACCUGUGCGCCGGGCGGAAUGAUUGCAUCGUGGACAAGAUCCGGAGGAAAAACUGUCCCGCAUGUCGCCUGCGGAAGUGUUAUCAAGCGGGAAUGAUGCUGGGAGGCAGGAAGCUGAAACGUUUCGGAGCCCUCAAGGCGCUGGGCUUGUCGCCCUCCGUCAUGUUCCCGACGCACUUGUCCGUGCCGGGCGACACUCAGGCACUGGGCACCGUGGCGGGCAUGACGGGCAUCCAGGAGAUGCAGUUUUCCCAGCACAUCAGCGCCAUCCUGGAGAACAUCGAACCCGAGGUGGUGUUUUCGGGCUACGACAGCGCGCAGGCCGACGUCCCCCACGUGCUGCUCAACAGCCUCAACAGGCUGUGUGAGAAGCAGCUGCUGUGGAUCGUAAAGUGGUCCAAGUCUUUGCCAGGCUUCCGCAAUCUUCACAUCACCGACCAGAUGACUCUCAUCCAGUACUCGUGGAUGAACCUGAUGGUGUUUUCUCUCGGCUGGCGCUCCUUUCAGAACGUCACCAGGGAAUAUUUGUACUUUGCGCCUGACCUCGUGCUAAGCCUGGAACAAAUGAGAAGAUCCCCCAUUUACGACCUGUGCGCCGCCAUCCAGUUCAUCCCGCAGGAGUUUGCCAACCUUCAAGUAACCCGCGAGGAAUUUCUGUGCAUGAAGGCCAUCAUCUUGCUCAACACAGUGCCUCUGGAGGGUCUGAAAAGCCAAGGCGCCUUUGAGGAGAUGCGGCAGAAUUACAUCCGGGAGCUGACCAAGGCCAUCCACGGGAAGGAGAAGGGCGUGGUGGCCAGCUCGCAGCGUUUCUACCACCUGACCAAGCUCAUGGACGCCAUGCAUGAAAUCGUGAAGAAGGUCAACCUGUUCUGCCUGAGCACGUUCAUCCAGGCCGACGCCAUGAAGGUGGAGUUCCCCGAGAUGAUGACGGAGGUGAUCGCCUCGCAGCUGCCCAAGGUCCUGGCGGGCAUGGUGAGGCCGCUGCUCUUCCACCCCAAGUGACCCGCACGGUGACUGGAUUUCUUUGUCUUUCCCCCUUCGAAUCAAUCUUUUGC